AUGGCUUCUAGUAAUGGCUCUUUCAUUACUCAUUUUGUUCUGUUGGGAUUAACAGACAGACCAGAUCUCCAACUUCCCCUGUUCUUCCUAUUCUUAGUAAUGUAUAUGGUCACUGUGCUGGGAAAUGUGGGCAUGAUAACUCUAAUUGGGUUGAAUUCACACCUACAUACCCCCAUGCACUUUUUCCUCUUUAAUUUGUCCUUCGUAGAUUGCUUUUUGUCUUCUGUUUUUACACCCAAAAUGCUGAUUAACUUCAUAUCCGAGAAGAAUAUUAUUUCCUAUGGGGGAUGCAUGACCCAGCUUUCUUUUCUGUGUUUUUUUGGUAUUUCUGAAUGCUAUGUGCUGACAUCAGUGGCCUAUGACUGCUAUGUGGCCAUCUGCAAGCCACUUUUGUAUAAUGCUGCCAUGUCCCCUAAGGUGUGUUCCAGCCUUAUGCUUGGUUCAUACUCGAUGGCCUUUUCUGGCUCCAUGGCCCACACUGGAUGCAUGCUAAGACUGGUCUUCUGUGAUGCCAACACCAUCAACCAUUAUUUGUGUGACAUCCUCCCUGUGCUCCAGCUCUCCUGCACCAGCACCUAUGUCAAUGAGCUGGUGGUGUUCAUUGUGGUGCGCAUCAACAUCAUUGUGCCCUGUCUCACCAUCUUUGUCUCCUAUGGUUUCAUCCUCUCCAGCAUCUUCCGCAUCAGCUCCACUGAGGGCAGGUCCAAAGCCUUCAGCACCUGCAGCUCCCACAUCAUUGCUGUUUCUUUGUACUUCAGAUCAGGUGCUUUUAUGUAUCUCAGGCCAUCUUCUGCUGGUUCUAUUGAUGUGGGGAAAAUUUCUUCUGUCUUUUACACCAAUACAGUUCCCAUGAUGAACCCCUUAAUCUAUAGCUUGAGGAACAAAGAUGCUUGCUCUGAGAAAAACCCUGAGUAG